CAAACGACUUUGCCAUCGGCAACUUGUAGCAGAUAUUUUACUAGAAAUAUGAAAAUGGAUGUUUAAUUGAGAGUGUUAAUUUCAUUCCAUAAGCUACAUGAGACAUCAGAUAGAAGGAUAUUAAAAUGUGAUCUACACAGUGAUCAAUGGGAAAUAGUUUAAAAUGCAGAAACUCUGGGAUUAUGAAGCUCUCAAUAUGGGUAUUAGUGGGUUUCUUGAUUGCUGUUAAAAUCAAGGUGACCAACGUAGAUGAGGUUUCCGGCACUGAAGAACACAGCUCUGUAUUAACUUCAUCCCACGCUAAGGAUGAUGCCAUCCAUCCAACAAGCGCCUCUACAAGUCACAUAUUGCAAACCAGUCAACAUGGAAAAGAAACCAGUCAAGGCAGUGACCAAUCGAAAACUUCCACAGAAACCUUUAGAAACAUUCAACAAAGCCACAUAGAGCCCAGCUUUCUUCCAGUGUCUGAAACCAGUCACGUAACAGUGGAAACUGACCAUGUGACCCAGUCUACAACUGUUAUCCAAUCACAAUCUGUUUUACAAACAUCACAGGUUUCCAAGGAUGUACUGCAUUCGGGCCCUAGUGAUGCUACAAGACAGUCUGAAGUUUCCUUAACUCAACAAGUUCAUCCAAAAGCUACAGAUGAUGUAAGGUCAGAGGUCAAGGACAGCCAGUCCGAGUCUGAAAGCCAAGGUCAAGAUGAGGUCAUUCAGGACACAAACACACAGCACCAGGACAUCUUAUUAACAAAUGGAGCUGAUCCUGUCAAAUCAGAUGAACAUGUUGAAACAAAGCAAGAACUGAAAGAAGACACCCCAGUACAAGCUGAUUUACCUGACCUUUCAGAAGAUAAGUCUAAAGUUGCUGAAUUGGAAGGAAAUGUACAUACAGAUCAUGAUGAGGUUGCAUUAAAGAAAGCUCAUUUGGAAGAACCAGAUAAAAAGUUACUAGAAGAAGAACCAAGCACAGAACAAGCAGAAACCAAAGAGGAUGAUUUCGCUGAUAAAGUAAAAGACAAUGAGGCUGAAGAAGUUAAAGAAGCUAAACUAGAAGAAGUUAAAACAACAACUCAUACUCCAGAAACACCUGAAGAAGCUGAACUAAGAGGGAUAGGUGGACGAGAGAUUAAAGAAGAAGAUUCUGGGGAAGAGAAGGGGGAGGAAGUGGGACUGACGUUUAAUGAGUGGACACAGAAAAUCCUGGCAGAGGCGGAGAAAGGAAAACAAGAAGCAGAAGAAGAUGCAGACGCUGUACCCCACCCACCAGCAAAACAAAGGAAGAAGAAGAACUUUUCCUCACAGGAUUGUGGGGCUAAAAUCCUUGCCCAUAAUCCAGAGGCUUCCAACGUGAAAAGUGUGCUCAACAGUAACAAGGAUGAUUAUAUGAACACCCCCUGCAAAUUCAAGAAAUGGUUUGUGUUGGAGCUAUGUGAGCCCAUACAAGCCCACUCCGUCGAGGUUGCCAGUUUGGAACUGUUCUCAUCCCAACCCAAGAAAGUCAAAGUGUUGCUCAGUGACAGAUAUCCCACAAAAGACUGGCAGUCAGCUGGUGAAUUUGAAACACGGGAUGAGCGAGCUGUGCAGAACUUCACCAUUAAUAAACUACAGGACUACUAUGCCAAAUAUGUCAGAGUUGAGAUCACAGAACACUUUGGUCACGAGCAUUUUUGUCCCCUUACAAUAUUCAGGGUGCUUGGUGUUUCCGUUGAUUAUGAUGAUGAGGUUCUUCACCAUGGCAACACAGAUGACGAUGACAAUGAUGACGAUCCUGAUGAAUCUGAGGGUCAGAACGGGGGUGAAACCAAGAACCUCUUUGAAAGUGCUAAAGACACUGUGUUGGGUAUUGUCAAGAAAGUUCUGAAUGUGGAGCAACAUGAAGAGGAUUCCAAAAAUGUGACUGGGACUAACUUGGCAGACCCAUUGUCAGGUGGUCAGCAGAAUAUAUCUACUUCAACGCCUCCUGCGGAAACUACAACACUGCCCUGCCCUCCUGAUGCUAAAAUUCCUGGUGAAUUGCCUGUAACUCCACCCACUCCAGGAGACUUGGAAACACAACUCCCACAACCCCCUGAACCAGGCAAGGCAAACUUGGUUCGAAAACUUGAUGAAGAUGAGCAGAUUGAGACCUCCACAUUAAUCCCGCUGGACACGUUACCAGGGAAACCUCUUAAACAUCAUCUUCAAAAGUGUAUGGAAACCAGUGACAAGUUUGCUACAAAGUUAUCCACUACUUCCUCAUUUUUUAAUUCUAGUCUGUGUCGUUUUGCUUUCAUAGUGUUCCAGACUAGUCCAGCCAUCAAAGAUGAGGAAAAUAUCAAAGUAAAGCCAUUGAAUAUGAGUUCUAGUCAGUGUGAAAAUGGAAGUCCAAAAACAGAGACAAAGAAACAGUCAUCUUUGUCGGAAACUACGAAAAUAUCCAGUUCACAAUCAACUGUAAUAUCUGUAUCUUCUAAGGUGAAAGAUAUUAGAGAAACAGAAUCCGUGCCAACAGCAACAUCAAUGGAAUCAUCAAAAAGUGAAACAAAAGAAACAACACAAUCAAAAGUGGUUGAAAUUGAACCAACGAAGAUUUCAGACAAUUUACCUCAGUCUGGGACUACAAAACUCUCUUCUUCUACAAGUACAACUGAUAAAAAUGGCCAUAUUGAUCAGACAGGAAGUAGCUCUGAACAGGUUCAUAUUGACCCCAGUCCGACCUCUGUUGCCAUAGAAACAGGGAGUAGAGUGGACCAGUCUAUUGGUGCCACUCCUUCUCUACCUCCAAGCUGGGCACCAGAGACAAAGGAUGUUGGUAAAGAGACGGUGUCAACUGAUGGGAACCAACCACAUGUUGAUACAUCAGCUACAGGAAACUCUUACCAGCCUGACACAAUGACUGUGGGUAUAGACGUCCAGGAAGCAUUGACUGACAUCAAAGCUUCUACUGUUGUCAUGACAACCAGUGACAUCACCAAGCCAGCUGAGGUUGCCGUGGAAAAUGGGGACAUGGAUGACAUCGUAGAUGAUAUCCGGCAUGAGGAGACUAGCCAGCAACCCAACACUAUUGUUAUUGAUGAUAAGGUUGUUAUAGACAAGGGUACGCGCCCAAGCCGCGGUGACAAUCUUGACAUUGUGAGGGUACCCAUAGUGUCCAGCAGUAAGCGGGAGUCGGCCAUUAUGAGGCUGAGUAACCGCAUCAAGGUCCUUGAGCAGAACGUUUCACUAAGCAGCAGAUUUCUGGAGGAGUUGAGUCGGAGAUACAAGAAGCAAUCAGAAGACAUGAUGAAGAUGUUGAACAAAACCAUGGCCCGACUCACCAACUUGACCAUAGAAAACGAUGUCAAGAAUAAAAUACAUGAGGAUGAAAUGUUGGUGAUGGAGAGAAGACUGGAAAACCUGACAGGGGUUAUCACCAGUCUGAAUCAGAACUUUGACAGGCUUAACAAACAGGUUACUGACAGGCAGAUGAUUUGGACAACAAUAGAAAUCAUGGUCAUCGUCUCCAUGCUGAUAUUUUUCCAUCUAAGACGUCAACAACCAGCUUCCCUUCCACCAGAAGUGAAAUCCCUCAUAGAAAACAUGCCUUCCAAGCCUGGUGCUAACCCUUUAGUGAGAAGGAACUCAAUAUCAGGGCCUGUAACCCCAUCAAAGAAGAUUGUAGAUACUCUUCAGACAGGAGGUGCUUUGCAGAGGUUUUGCAGUGAAACAGCUUUAGCUUCAUCAUACGAUACAAAUGAUGGCAUAGGAGUAAACCCAAAACAGGUUGUAGAUGGAUUUAAAAAGAAGAAGAAAAAGAAGCACAAAGGAUCAGACCCUAAGUUGUUCUACAGUUACGGAGGACAACCACCAGGGGAAUUGAUUCCAGAAUCUACACCAGAAAUGGUUCAAACCAAAUCUGAACCGGGUAGAACCAGUUCUUUUGCAUCUAUAUUUAGAAACUGGGGGUCAAGUGGCACCAGCAAACCCAGGAGUGGGUCAUUAGGAACGGAUGACCGAAUAGGCUGUAAUACUGAUCGACUGAGGAGUGCAUCAGCAAUUGAACCCAAAGAAAAUAAAGGGACCAAAAGUAAAAAUCCACAAUUAAAUGUUGGACUUAAAGGUAGUGCAAGUUCAUCAUGUAGAUUAGGCAAUAGGAAUGACAAUGAGUUUGUGAUUGAUGAUAGAAAACCGCCCAAAGGACAUAGACGGCAGAAGUCCUUACCAAAACAGCAUUACUCAAGCAUCAUCGAGACCGUGGGGAAUCAAACAUUCGCUCCAAUUUCAAAUGGUUCUCAGAGUGUGUCUUCAGAAUGCAAUCCUGUAAGUAAGAAGGCACCAAAGAAGGGUGAUUUAAAAAAGUCUGCAAGCAUGCCGUCUGAAUCGGCUAAAAGUAGAAAAGAACCGAGUAAAAGUGCUUCUGGUCAGAUGGUGAAUGGUUACCACCACAAUGGAUUUGAGGAAUUUGAUAAUAACAUACAAAAUAGUCACACUCGAACGGCUUUUGGGAAAAGUCAUUCCUAUACAUCUUGUGUUGAUAGAGGACAUUUGAAGGACUUCGGUGUCAGAGAAAAUGAUUCAGUUUGUACACCAACUAAAUAUAGUGUGGAUGGAUUUGUUAAUGGUUACCAUGGUGAUGAUUAUGAUGGCGAUGUGUUUAAAUCGUCCGGUUCAUUCGAAAGUUGCUCUCCAAGAGUUGAUUUGAUCAAAGGUGACAGCGACAGUCCUUCAGAGAAUAAGAGAUCCUGGAAGAACAUGUUCCUGUUCUGAUAAUGAUCAAGUGAAAAUGAUAAUAUAAAACAUUAAAUGUCAGACAGCCAGUAGGUUUUUGCCAGUAUCUACAAAUUUAAGCAUUAGCGUGCUUUCGAUUUACAUGUACAUAUGUACAAAUGUGCUUUAUGAUUAUAUCUUUAUUUCUAUUUCAAAUUGUGCUAUUUUACAUGAUUGACAAAUACCAGUUUAGGCUGAAAGGUAUCCAUCUGUAUUAUAUAGUGCUGGGGCAUAUAUAGGCAUUAUGUUCUUUUAGUCAACAGGUGCAUUUAAGCUUAGCACACUUACCUGUACUUGUUUUGUCCUACCUUUCUGUCAUCACAUAGUUCCAUAUAUGUAUUUGUGUUCUGUUUAUUUCAAACUUGAGCAGCAUAGAGCGGUGCAAUAUGUUUUUUGGGGGAUUUAUCUAUCUGUAAACAUGUAUCCUGUAUCAGCAUAUCACUAGUUAAUAUUAUUUAAUCCACAAUAAUUGUGUUGUGUAAAUAUGGGAAUAUUUUCCACAGAUUUGAAGUUAAAUGUAUGUAUUUCAUGGAAUUCAAACACCGUUUUUCAUUGUUUAACGUCGUAGGAUAGAUUCAGAAUAUUUUUUUCAUUUCAUAGUUUUUAAGAAAAAAAUUAUUGGUGAAUAUAAAAAGUAAUAAAAACUCAUUUUAAUAGCAUUUAAAUGGUUUUGAAUUCCUUUUUGUGAUAUAUGUAAUGAAUUCCCUUCGCUGUACAAUAAUUAUCAUUGAUAUCUUUAACCAUAGAACUCUUAUUGUAAGACUUAACACAGAAUAUGUGUCAGAAAAUGAAUAUAAGUUUUGUUAAAUUUUACUACUGUUUGCAAAUAAAGUUAGCAAAGCGUACUGCUCAUUAAUUAAGGCAUGAUCAUAAUUCCUUUUUGUAACGAAGAGACGGUCAAUUUGUGCUGCCCCAAAAGCGAUUUUGGAUAAUAAGUUUCCGGAACUGCUGAUGAUGUCAGUCAGUUUUUUGAUGUAUGAAGUCAGUUGACAAUGUUGCACUUUUUUUUCGAAAUUCGCUCAGUGUAUUUAAAUGGAGCAAAAGCCAUGAUCAUUCAGUGUUCCAAAACCUUGAAAUGCUAGGGUAAGCUAACUUUGUUUGCAUACUGUAGUAAUUCUCUUAAAAAAAGUUCUUGAUAUAAAUGUUUCAGUGUUGCGUUUUGUUUAUGGUUGUUUAUGUGUUCUUUUUUAAUGUUUGGUUUAACAAAUGAAAUUUAAAAAAUCAGUUCUUUGACAUUGUUUUGCGCUGUAAACUAUUUGAUUUUUUUUCUUAUGAGAUUAUAUUGAAACUGUCCUUAGCUUGUUUUGAUGUUCUAAUGGCUUCCCUUAGUCAGUUCAUUUCUAUUGUUUGUUAGUUUCGUGUUAUCAUGAAUGACAUGAAAUAUGUGCUAAUGUUAUGAUACAGGCCGUUCUUUAUAAAACAUCUCAAGUCAUUUCCUAACUUAAGUCAUUUUCUUAAGUUGAGUACAUUUAGCUAAAUUAUCAUAUGAUAAAAUUGCUUCAUAAGAUGAGAAAUACUUAAUUUCACUUUGAUUGAAACUAAAUACUUCAAUAUAAAAAAGACACUUAUACUUUUAUUUUAAUUUGACUACGAAAAUAUUACUAAAUUGAACUAAGUGACUAAAGAUGAUUUACGACUACUGGCCGAAGUUGAUAUUUUUUAUUUCAAUUCAACGUCAGCCAGUUUUGAAGAUGGGCAUUGACCAUGCACUUUCCACAAAGUUUUUUUUUUCCUCAAGAUUUUGUACAACGAAAUGUAUCUUGCCAUCUUGAUGGGGUGGGAACGGAACAGGAGGAGAUUGGGGAAAAGCAGUUUUUUAUGGCUCUAUUGUUAAUUGAUUUUUUUAUUUGUUUAUAAGACAUUUUACAGUGAGAUUCGUGAUGUAGAAUAUUUGUGUAUGGUUAUAAAAAAAUCCUUCUUUAAUUUCAAUUUUUGCCUUCAUAUAAGAACAUGUUUACUGUUCUCAUAAAGUACAUCUCAACACAUACACGCACUUCAUGUGUAUGCUGGCUCUAUAUUUCUGUCAUUUCUAUAUACUCUUACCGGUGUAUAUUUAUUUUUUGUCUUUUUAUUUCAUGAAAGUCCAAUUACUAUGACCUGAAAAUGGUGUUAUUUCAUUAUAUGGCGAUUAAAUUAAUUGCUAGAUUUUCAUCCUCGUUCGCCCCAUUUUUUUUGCAGCCCCUUAAAUUUUAUUGACUCCAGUAAAAAUUACCAACUAGGGUCUGUUUUUGUGUAGCAGUUCGAUACUGUUUGGGAACAGCAUUUAUUCAUACUGGUGUCAAUGUAUAAUAUUCACAUGUAAAAAAGGAGAAUUGUUAUGAUCAUGUUUCCGGUUCAUCUAGAAACAUAUGGUCCCUUAUACAAUAAGAAAAUAGCAUGAACACAUAUUCAAUGGAGGGACUGUCACAUAAGAAAAAUAAAAUGUCUCCCAAUCCCACAUUUAAAAAGACAAAUUGGAUGAAAAUCUAGCAAUGAAUUCAUAUUGGCCUACUGGCCAUGCCGUUAUGGUGGUUUUCCUUAUUAAGGUGCUGUUCGCUAUGUUUUCCUCAUAUUCUGUUUAUGAUCUUUUCAUAUUUUCAUUACAGUGCAAUUCCUUUCUACAGGUCACACUGUACAUCAACAUUUUCUUUGUGCUUUGUAAUUUAAUAUAAGGUGAUAAUUAUCUACAGUAUUUUAGGUCAUAUUGACCUGCAGCAAUUCUAAAAGUAAUCUUAAGUAAGUUUAAUAUUAUGUGCACAUGUCUUUAAAACCAUACAAGUGUAUUUUUACAUGUACAUGAAUAUAUAAGCAUAGAUGUAAGAUACAUGUGUAUCAAUAUGGUUGAAUAGGGUCACAUGUUAUUACUAUUUCCAGUGUUGUAUUUACCAAAAGACAAUGUUAAAAGCUUAGGUACCAAAAUUAUUCAUCAUUUUGAUUAUUUGAUUUUUUUUGGCUUUUGCUUUGAUUUCCAAUACCAUCCUCGCCUUUACUAAUUUGGGUUGUUGUUAUCUGUGUACAAAGGCUAAGGUAAAUUGCUUACUUGAACGUAAUGAGAUGUAUUUAUUUGAAGUAAUUGUUACCUGUUAAAUAAAUAAGCAAAUAAGUAUUAA